AUGCUAUCAUCACGACCAAUUAGUUUUUUGCGCAGAGCCAAUGGAAGUUUUGCAUUGAUAAGCCAAUUCAAAAAUCAAAAAUUUAAUGCAUCAACAUAUUUAAAAGGAAAAGAAUCCGAACCAAUUAAUAACACUAUCGGAUACUUCCUUUCACAAAAUGCUAGACAAAUGCCAUACGCCAACGCUUUGAAGUGUGCUCAUCAGAAUGUCAAUUGGUCAUUUUCCACUCUUAAAAAACACGCAGAAGCUUUGGCUUGCGGAUUGGUUGAAUUGGGAUUGAGACCUGGAGAUAGAUUGGCCUUGAUUCAAGGAAUGAACGCUGAAAAUAUUGUUGCCUUGUUGGCAUGUGCCAAGAUUGGUGCUGUUCUCGUUCCACUUCCAGACAUCAAAGCUGCUAAAGAUUUGACUCGAUUCAUUGAGCUUGUCAGACCAAGAGUUGUUGUUUCUGCAACAAAGAUCGGAACUAAAAACUAUUACAAAAUGAUUAGAGAAGUUGUUCCAGAACUGAGUUUAUCUGAAUUGCAUCUUCCUUUCAAAUCUAAAAAGUUCCCAUUCUGCAAGCAAAUUCUUUUUACUGACAUGAAGGAAAAACCAAAGGAAGGAACUUAUCAAUUGAAGGAUUAUUUGGUGUAUGGUCCAUUCGGAUAUUACGAGACACCUCUUCGUAGAAUUGCUAUGGAAUUGGAUUCAACUAAUCCUGGAUUGAUUUUAUUUAAUGACAAGAAUCCUGAUAAGGCUACAAGCGCCGUUUAUUCUCACAAGAACAUCCUCAACGCUGGUCUCACUAUUGCAAAUACUCUCGGACUGAAGCAAGGAGACCGUGUGAUGGUUCCAAAAUAUACCACUUCACCAACAGGAUCAAUCAUGGGUAACUUCUCUGCUUUUGUUUCAGGAGGUGUAAUUGUUUAUCCAGCAGAAGAAUAUUCUGCUUCAAACACUCUUUCUAUGUUGUCAAAAGAGCAAUGUACUACUCUUUUUGCAGAACCACAAGAAUUGGAAGAAUUGUUGAAUCAUGCUGAUUUCUCAAAGAAUACAUAUGACCAUCUCAAGAAUGUAGUAAUUUGUACUCCUCUUGGAUUUGACUCUUCAACCAUUGUCGGAUUACUCGGUCAAAAAUUACCACAAGUUAAAUCUUGGGUUGUUAGCGGUUUGGAGGAAACAUCUGGUAUUUUAACUAUCAAUGGAAAGCUUGUUGACAAUGCUGAGGUGAAGGUUGUGGAUGGCUCUCUUCAAGUUAAAGGUCCAUUGGUCGCCACUGGAAAAUGGCAAGAUAUUGGUCAUGUUGGCUUUGAAACAAACGAAGAUGGAUGGGUCAACACAAAAUUCCAAAACGCCAAGAUUGAAGGCAACAAUUUGAUUAUUGCUUAA